AUGUAUUGUGAAUAUCUUUUCAUUUUCAUGGAAGUUGGGAAGAGAAAGACAUUCACUAAGGUAGAUAAAAGGCAGGCCAAGAAGUGGAAGGCAGAUAAGGAAGUUCCAAACAAACUCAGGAGGCCUCUUGUAUUCCUGUACUUAAUACCAUUCCCUCUGGUGUUGCUUGCCCGUGACCGUGAAGUUGCCAGUCGGUUAGAUGCUAAAUGUGAUAAGUUAGCAGAUGCUGUUAUAGAUGACACUGAUUCAUCAACUGGUCAUCAGAGUUUGGCUUUUAGACUUCCAGAAAGGGUAAAAUUGAUUAUUGAGGAAAUUGAGAAAGAAACAGAAUGGAGGGAGGAUCUAUAUUCUUCUGAUAAAAUUUGCAGAGUAUUAUAA